AUGUACACCAAGGUCGUAGUAUUCCUGUGCGCAGCGAGCCUGGCGUCCGCCGGCCACCUGCUGCAAGCCGCCGCGCCCGUGGCGUACAGCGCGCCCGUAGCGUACAGCUCAGCGCCCGCCGUCUCCUCCGUGUCAUUCUCCUCGCACACCGCGCACGCUCCCGUCGCCACCUACUCCGCGGCGCCUGCUGUCGCCACCUACCACGCGGCCCCCGCUGUCGCUGCCUACUCCGCCCCAGUGUACGCCAAGUCCAUCGCUCCCGCCGUGUCAUACUCCUCCGUGUCCACCCACUCUGCUCCCGUCGCGUACGCUAAAUCAUACGCUGCGCCCGCCGUCACCACCUACCACGCAGCUCCUGCUGUAGCUGCUUACUCUGCCCCAGUGUACGCCAAGUCCAUUGCCCCCGCAGUGUCUUACUCCUCCGUAUCCACUCACUCCGCUCCCGUAGCUUACGCCAAGACCUACGCUGCCCCCGCAGUCGCCACCUACGCCGCCGCCCCUGUGGUCACCAAGACCAUCGCCGCUCCCGCUGUUGCCACCUACUCCGCCCCCGUGUACGCUAAGUCCAUCGCCCCCGCCGUGUCGUACUCCUCAAUCUCCCACUCCGCCCCCGUGACUUACGCCGCCGCUGCUCCCGUUGUUAAGACCAUCGCCGCUCCCGCAUACGCGUCGUACGCCGCUGCUCCGGCUUACGCCUCAUACGCCGCUGCCCCCAUCGUCAAGUCUGCCGUGACUUACUCGGCCGCCCCUGCCGUCUCUCACGUCUCUUACUCUAGCCACGGCGCCAACUACGGCUGGUGAAAAUUUGUUAAAUAAUAUUUAUUACUAGAAAAUAUUUGAUUGUUAUGUGAAAUAACCACGAAAUAAAAAUUCAAAAAUAUUUACAGUAUUUUACUUUACACUCUUUUUACUAACCUCAGUCUACUGAACCCUACAAAGUCUUAACCCUUUGAUACACCACGGGAAAUUAAACCUCGGACUGACAAAAACUGGGAAUAUCACUAAUGCAUAUUUUUUGCUAAAAAAAUGGGUUCGAGAAUUCCAAUCCUUCAUGACUUCAAGACGAAAAGUAUUUUAGACUGAGAACGAAUUUCUAAUCUACAUCAUAAAUAUGAAUUUGCCGCACAGAUAUUUUACGAUCGUAUUCAUGAUUAAAAAAACUAUUAAGGUAUCAAAACAACUAUUAUAGGAUAUAGGGUCAUUGGUCAAAACCUGUUCUGAGAAUCCUAAAAUCGAAUUGGCCAAGUACAUCGGAAGUUGUAAUGAAAUAUAUAUCCUUGCUUGCUAAACCGAAAGGUCUACGCAUACUAGCUCACCGUUAAACCUUAUUUAAUACAACUACAGUUCUUUAAAAAAAGCUAUGGCAAAGUUGUCAAAACCAGCACUGGCUGGCUUUUUCUACUUCACCAGACAAUUUGGCGAGACACAAAGUGCGUUUAGUCUGAGCAAACAAAUGAGACCAAUCACCGGAUUCGCGACACAUAUCCGUACAAAUAGGUGAAAGAUUAAAAUGGUUGAAUAACAAAUAAU